ACUAAUAUAUUCUCUAUAUCUCUUACUAAAUGUUUUAAUGUCAUUUUUUUUCCUUUUGGUUUCAUCAACAGGUAGAACGUGAGGCCGGCCAUGUCCAGAUCGGGGGACAGGACUUCUACAUUUGACCCGAGCCAUAGUGACAAUCUGCUGCAUGGUUUGAACCUCCUGUGGCGAAAGCAGCUCUUUUGCGACGUGACAUUGACUGCACAAGGACAGCAGUUCCACUGCCAUAAAGCAGUGCUUGCAUCCUGCUCCCAGUACUUCAGAUCUCUCUUCUCCAGCCACCCUGUCCAGGAUGGUCUGUCUUCUGUCCAAAAGGAUCAGCAACAGCAGUCAGAGGAGCCUGGGACACCCUCCUCCUCCCCUGAUGAUAAGCUGCUGGUCAGCCCCAGGGCCAUAAAUAACCUGGUAUUGCAAGGCUGUUCUUCAAUUGGGCUGCGUUUGGUGCUGGAGUAUCUCUAUACAGCAAAUGUAACCUUGUCUUUAGAUACAGUCGAGGAGGUAUUAUCUGUCAGUAAAAUCUUGCACAUCCCUCAGGUCACAAAGCUUUGUGUACAGUUUCUUAAUGAUCAAAUCUCAGUGCAGAACUACAAGCAGGUGUGCAAAAUUGCUGCCUUGCAUGGCCUGGAGGAAACCAAGAAGCUGGCCAAUAAGUAUCUGGUGGAGGAUGUGUUGCUGCUCAAUUUUGAAGAGAUGCGUUCCAUGCUGGACUCUUUGCCACCCCCAGUGGAGUCUGAGCUUGCUCUCUUUCAGAUGUCUGUACUAUGGCUGGAGCAUGACAGGGAAACCCGCAUGCAGUAUGCGCCAGAUCUGAUGAAAAGGCUUCGCUUUGCACUCAUCCCAGCUCCAGAGCUGGUGGAAAGGGUGCAAUCAGUGGACUUUAUGAGGACUGACCCUGUAUGCCAAAAGUUACUGCUGGAUGCUAUGAACUAUCACCUGAUGCCUUUCAGACAGCACUGCAGACAGAGCCUGGCAAGCAGAAUUCGAUCCAACAAGAGGAUGUUGUUAUUAGUCGGAGGACUGCCUCCUGGACCAGACAGAUUGCCCAGCAACUUGGUUCAAUACUAUGACGAUGAAAAGAAGACAUGGAAAAUUCUCACAAUUAUGCCAUACAACAGUGCUCACCACUGUGUGGUUGAAGUGGAAAAUUUCUUAUUUGUGCUUGGAGGAGAAGACCAGUGGAAUCCUAAUGGAAAACAUAGUACAAAUUUUGUGAGUCGAUAUGAUCCAAGAUUUAACAGCUGGAUACAGCUUCCCCCUAUGCAGGAAAGGAGAGCCAGUUUCUAUGCCUGUCGCCUGGAUAAGCACCUAUAUGUCAUCGGAGGAAGAAAUGAAACAGGAUACUUGUCGAGUGUUGAGUGCUAUAAUCUAGAGACAAAUGAAUGGUGCUAUGUGUCCCCAUUACCACAGCCUCUGGCAGCCCAUGCAGGAGCCGUCCACAACGGCAAAAUAUAUACAUCAGGUGGUGUUCAUAAUGGCGAGUAUGUGCAAUGGUUGUAUUGUUAUGAUCCAGUAAUGGAUGUAUGGGCUCGGAAGCAAGAUAUGAACACUAAGAGAGCAAUUCAUGCCUUAGCUGUAAUGAAUGAUCGUCUAUAUGCAAUUGGCGGAAACCAUUUAAAAGGAUUCUCCCACCUGGAUGUUAUGCUUGUGGAGUGUUAUGACCCAAAGGGAGACCAGUGGAACAUUCUACAGACACCUAUUCUUGAAGGACGCAGUGGCCCAGGGUGUGCAGUACUGGACGAUCGAGUUUACCUUGUUGGAGGCUACAGUUGGAGUAUGGGUGCUUACAAAUCAUCCACUAUUUGCUACAGUGCUGAUAAAGCCAGCUGGACAGAACUGGAGGGAGAUGUUGCGGAGCCCCUUGCCGGCCCAGCUUGUGCUACUGUCAUAUUACCAACCUGUGUUCCCUACAACAAAUAAAGACUUUACAGAGAUGGACACUGUAACAUUACAGAGACUAAUGGACUACUUUUAUUUGGAAUUUUUCUUCCUUGAAAAGGUUGUAAAAGGAGAAGGCGGCUUGACAAAGUCUGAGAGAUUUAUCAGUACAGGAACUUUCAUCAAGUCGGUGUUACUCAAAGAAGCAGUUAUUUAAAAACAGGGGAUUUUCCAACUAACAAACAUUUAAAAAUCUCACAAAGACACCUUGCACAGAUGUGUAAAAAUUAUUGCAAAGGAUAACCGGAAGUAUGACCUAUAGUAAAGAAUCCUUCCAUUGAUUUCCCUUCCUACAGCACAUUGAAAGCUGGAAACUGAUUGUGGUUGUCAUUUUUUUUUUAGGAUUAUUUUUCAAGAUAUAAAAAGCAUGUUUUGCCCCUUCUUGAAACAUAAUACAUUUCUCAGUAUAGGCUCUGAGAACUUAUAAGCUAUAGAGAAUUCACGAAAUGUAUCUUCCACAGCAAAAUGAUUAUUAUAGUUCUUUAGUUCUUUGUUUUUGUAUGUCAGAACAGAAGACAAAUACAGAGCUUUAUGCCUAAAGCUAAUCAAAAGUUAAACUGCCCAUGUUGCCAAAGGCAAACAGACAGAGAGAUUAUGGGUAAUAUAAGGUGUUCCUUCAUUUUACUUUUUUAUUCUGAAUCAAAACCUGACAGCUGGUAGAUGAUUGGUUGCCCUGGGCUCUAUCACCUAAUUUUUGUACUUUUUAUAUAAAGCCCAUUGUCCAUAAAUAUUAGGUGAGUUGGUAUUAGGAAUUAGCACAUAGGCCAGUACUGAUUUCUAUAUCCGUUUUUCCCCCAUGUGGCAAUCAAAAUGUCACAAUCUCUUAUAAUUUAUAGCUACAAAACAAAAUGUGUUAGCUGCAUAAAUGACCACCCAACAUUUUAUAAAGUGGACUUUCACCAAACUCUGGUGAAGAAACUUCUUGGUCCAUUUGUUUUAAAUGGCAGUGAUUGGUUCUCCACCAGGGAAUGUUUGUUGAAAGCCAUAUUUUGUGCUUUAUAAAUAGACCUCCUAAAGCGGGACUUUAUAGCAUAACAUAUAGACAGCUGGGUGUGUUAUAUUCCUUUAUUUAUCUCCAACAUUAGCUGUUGUUUCCCAUUCCUAGGGUGAUCUAGCUUAGAUAACAGUAUACAAAUUUCCUAAAGAAGCACAUGAGUAAAAAUAACAAAACAUUUAAUAGGUGCAAAGUGCUACUUUUACCAUGUGACUUCAUACCUAUGGGUAUGGAAACACCUAUUAUACUGGUUAAAGUAAACCGGAAUUAAUAUGUAUGUUUAUUUAAAGGGUCAGUCCAUCCAAAGUUGAAAUUUAAAGCUUUUGCUGAUGUCAGGUUGAAGCUACUGUCAUAGUUAUUGUGAUGAAUUUCCAUUCUCUAUUGGAGUUUCCAUAAUAUUACAUUACAUAAGCAGCGGUAGUGAAACUAGGGGCCUGCGUUAACAGGUUUUGGGCUUGUGUUGAUGGAAUUAGAUUGAAGUCAGUUUAAGAUGCUGCUGAGAUCGUUUAGAAUUCAUUGACCCACAGUUGAUAUCUAUCUGAGUUGCAUUUGACCUGCUCCAAGCAAUUUUAGCAUUCCUAUAGACUUGUUUGGGAAUGCAAAACCUGUCUGAAGCAAACAAAAGCCUGUUGAUACAGACCCUGAAUUAUGCAGUGGGGAAGAAUAUACUGCAACUUACUACUGCAAAAUAAGACAGUACAACUGGUUUCUAAAACAACACUCUAUACUGUAUUUAGGUGAAGAUUUACACUGCAGCUUUUUUCUGACUGUUUUGAAUAAUUGGUAGGCAGUUGUGACUCUCACAAAGGUGGAUCUGGAAGCAUGUCCUAAGCUGAACAUCUUCAUUCAAAGUUUACAAUUAGCUGCAGAGUGCUGUAAUAAAGUGGCCUGUCUGCAGCAAUUUGACAAUCAUGUGAGUGUGGGUGAGCAGCCCUAAAUGUAGACUGUCUAUGUUUGAGGCCGAUCGCCUGGCUGUCAAAUUGGGGCAAGUGUCUGUGCUGUCGCUGUGUCCCAAUACUCAUUAAUAGUCUGCCUGCACACAGCACCUGGCAGCUAAAGCCACAUAAACAAUGUGUUCCUUCACAGACAAUGGGUGUCAGUGCCCAUCUGAAUGAGGCCAUACAGAAAGCCUGUUUGCAGUAUAUUCAAAACUACAACGCAAUGCUCUCAACUGAAAAUAAACACAUUUAAAAAGCUUAAUAAGAACACAAAGGGAAAUCUAAGAGGGAUGAAAGAAGAAAUACAAACAGCAGAAGAAUAGCUACAGUGGGGAUUGAAAGUUUGGGCACCCCAGGUAAAAAUUUGUAUU